CUCCCUCUUUUUUUUUUUUCUUUCUCUCUCCUCUAUUAUCCUCCAAGUUUGAGGACCUAGAUCUGGGUUUUCCUUGAGAACCCAUGGGUUCUCUAAGAAAAUCCAAAUCUAGGUUCUCCUUCAAUAGAUCAAGGAGGGGGAAGAGAAGGAAGAAGAGGGGAGGAGAGGGAAAGAAGAAGAAAAAGAAGGAGGAGGAGGGAAAAGAAGGAAGAAUGUUGAAAAUCAAACAGCCAAUGUUGUGUGAAGAGGAGGGCUGCCUUGAUCUACAUAGUGGAGAACUCGCAAGAGGAGAUGUGGAAGAAGAUGAGCGGACAAAGAGCGAGGAAAAAGGGAAACAAGGAAACUGAAAGAAAUCUAGAGAAAUUUAAUGUGAGGAAUUACAUUCAAUAAAUUUGCUAUGAACAG